AUGAAUCAGAGAGUAGUUGUGAGAAAAAGAAGUCCACGUCCGAUUAUUAGAUAUCUCAAAUAUUGUCCCAAAAUGACAGUUGCGUCUAUAAUGACAAUUUAAAAUUUUCAGGGAUGUCCUUAAUCUCCAAAAAUCACACUGUCAGGUAGUAAGCUUUAUCAGUCCUUUACCGUUCAAUCCAGUCCCCAAUCGCAAAUGAAAAGAUAUAUAUCAGUGGAUGCCCAUAGAUCAAGCCCGCCUUAAGCAAUCUUAAAAUCUGCCUCUCCAACCGAGAGAAAAUUUAGCUAUCUUUCCUAUUAAAGAACAACCAUAGGACUAGAAAGUCCGGCCAAAUAAUAGGAUAGUAUUUAUCAAAUUGAGUAUGUUGAUGAUACAGUCUAUUAUGGAUAGAUAAGCAUAACAAAAAGACAUGGCAUGGGUGCUAUGUAUGACAAAAACAAAAAUCUAAUCUAUUUGGGCCAAUGGAAUAACGAUAAAUAUCAUGGACUUGGAGUUUUAGUGUAGAAUGGGUAUAUUUAUAAGGGAGAAUUUUUAAAUGGAGUCUUAGAAGGAUAAGCAAUAGAAGAGGGAAAUGAAAAGAAAUUCUAUGGGUAUUACAAAAACGGAUAGAAAAAUGGACCUGGUACCUUAUAUGAACAUUCAAAAACCACAAAUGGAAUUUGGAAAAACGAUAUUUUAGAAUAAGAAUGUUGAUACUUCAUUUUGCAUAUUUUCAAUUGAUCCAAGUUAUUUUAUAAUCAUUA